AACAUGUUUUUAAAUACAAUUCGCUAUUGUUUAAAAAAUAUAAAAACACAAACACAAUAUAUUUAUAAAAUGAAUUAUUCUAAUGUUAAAAAUUUUGAUAAAUAUAAAACUUUGACAAUAUCUGUACCAAAAGAAUUUGUUUUUAUGAUACAAUUAAACAGAUCUGAAAAACUUAAUGCAUUAAAUGAUGUUAUGUGGAAAGAAUUCAAAAUUUGCUUUAAUGAAUUAGCUACAGAAUCAGAAUGUAGAGCAAUAAUUUUGUCAGGUGCUGGUAAAGCAUUUUGUACAGGUAUUGAUCUGCAAAAUAUAAUGAAAUUUGGUCAAGAUUUAACAGAACAUGAAGAUAUUGCACGAAAAUGCAAGAUUUUACGAUUAAAGAUAAAAGAAUAUCAAGAGAGUUUUAAUGCAAUAGAAAAGUGUCCAAAACCAGUAAUUGCAGCUGUACAUGGUGCAUGUAUUGGAGCUGGUGUAGAUAUGAUAUCUGCAGCAGAUAUACGUUAUUGUUCUUCAGAUGCAUGGUUUCAAAUAAAAGAAGUUGAUUUGGGUAUGGCUGCUGAUGUUGGUACAUUGCAAAGAUUUUCCAAAAUUAUAGGUUCUGAUAGUUUAAUAAGAGAACUUGUAUAUACUGCAAGAAAAUUUUCAGCUAUUGAAGCUGCACAACAAGGUUUUGUGAGUUGUUUAUUUGAUAAUCAAGAAAGUUUAUUGAAUGGUUCAAUAAAGCUUGCAGAAAAAAUAGCAAGUAAAAGUCCAGUUGCAAUACAAGGUUCAAAAUUGAGUUUAAUUUAUUCAAGAGAUCAUACUGUUCAAGAAGGUUUGGACCAUAUUGCCAUGUAUAAUCAGAGUAUGCUUCUAAGUGAAGAUUUUAUAAAUGCAGCUAUGUCACAAGCCACUAAAAGUGAUCCUCCAAUAUUUUCUAAAUUAUAACAUUAAAAUUUUAUGAUAUAUAUGAAAUUAGAUUAGAUAUAGAUUUAUAUU